CUGUCACUGGCUUAUAUGGACAAGUCAGCCCACUGUCACGUGACCGCAGGCUGCUAAAAACAGCUCUGGCACUCACUCCAAACCAGGGCCUGAAACAAUGUCCUCCACUGAGAGAAACGUAAAGGACACUUGAUCACACAAUCCUUGGAAUAAUAUCCAGGAAACACUUGCCGGAGCCACUCGCAGCACCCUUCCCUGGCAGCGCACUUGGGGACGGCAAGGAGAUGAGCGCAUCUCUGAAUUACAAGUCUUUUUCCAAAGAGCAGCAGACCAUGGAUAACUUGGAGAAGCAACUCAUCUGUCCCAUCUGCUUAGAGAUGUUCACAAAACCUGUGGUCAUUCUCCCUUGUCAGCACAACCUGUGUAGGAAAUGUGCCAGUGAUAUUUUCCAGGCCUCUAACCCGUAUUUGCCAACAAGAGGAGGCACCACCGUGGCAUCAGGGGGCCGAUUCCGCUGCCCAUCUUGUAGACAUGAAGUGGUUUUGGACAGACAUGGGGUAUAUGGACUUCAGAGGAAUCUGCUGGUAGAAAAUAUCAUUGACAUCUACAAGCAGGAGUCCACCAGGCCAGAAAAGAAGUCUGACCAGCCCAUGUGCGAGGAGCAUGAAGAGGAGCGCAUCAACAUCUACUGUCUGAACUGCGAAGUGCCCACUUGCUCCCUGUGCAAGGUGUUUGGUGCACACAAGGACUGCCAGGUGGCUCCCCUCACUCAUGUGUUCCAGAGACAGAAGUCUGAGCUCAGCGAUGGCAUCGCCAUCCUUGUGGGGAGCAACGAUCGAGUCCAGGGAGUGAUCAGCCAGCUGGAAGAUACCUGCAGAACUAUCGAGGAAUGUUGCAGAAAACAGAAACAGGAGCUUUGUGAGAAGUUUGAUUACCUGUAUGGCAUUUUGGAGGAGAGGAAGAACGAAAUGACCCAAGUCAUUACCCGAACCCAAGAGGAAAAACUGGAACAUGUUCGUGCUCUGAUCAAAAAGUAUUCUGAUCAUUUGGAGAAUGUCUCAAAGUUGGUCGAGUCAGGAAUUCAGUUUAUGGAUGAGCCAGAAAUGGCAGUGUUUCUGCAGAAUGCCAAAACCCUGCUACAAAAAAUCUCCGAAGCAUCAAAGGCAUUUCAGAUGGAGAAAAUAGAACAUGGCUAUGAGAACAUGAACCACUUCACAGUCAACCUCAAUAGGGAAGAAAAGAUAAUACGUGAAAUUGACUUUUACAGAGAAGAUGAAGAUGAAGAAGAAGAAGAAGGCGGAGAAGGAGAAGGAGAAAUGGGAGGAGAAGCACUAGAAGUGGAAAAAGUAGAAAAUGUUCAAACAGAGUUUCCAAGAGAAGAGGAAAGCCCAGAAAAAUCUUCAGAGCUCUCUCAGCUGGAGCUGCAGGCUGCCCCUGGGACACUUCCAGUUUCCUCUCCAGAGCCACCUACAGCCCUGCCGCCUGCUGUGGAUGCGCCUUUGACACAGGGGGAGGUUGUGCCCACUGGCUCUCAGCAGACCACAGAGUCUGAAACUCCAGUCCCUGCAGCAGCGGAAACUGCGGAUCCCUUGUUUUACCCUAGUUGGUAUAAAGGCCAAACCCGGAAAGCCACCACCAACCCACCUUGCACCCCAGGGAGCGAAGGUCUGGGGCAAAUAGGGCCUCCAGGUUCUGAGGAUUCGAAUGUACAGAAGGCAGAAGUGGCAGCAGCCGCAACGAGUGAGAGGGCAGCUGUGAGUGGUAAGGAAACUAGUGCGCCUGCAGCUACUUCUCAGAUUGGAUUUGAGGCUCCUUCCCUCCAGGGACAGGCUGCAGCUCCAGUGAGUGGCAGUGGAGCUGAUUCUGAGCCAGCUCGCCAUAUCUUCUCCUUUUCCUGGUUGAACUCCCUAAAUGAAUGAUGUUCAUUCCAACUGCUGCCCCUCUGUCUGCCUGGCUGAAAUGCACAUAGGCAGCAGGGAGCCCAAGUGAAAUUCAUAUUAUGCAGAUGAUGAAAGGGACCUCCGAACAGAAUUUCUGCAAAAAUAACCCAAAACUCUAAUUCCAGAUGACUUAUCGAACAUAUUGAGGGGAAAGAAUAUUUUGAGAAAAUAGUUGGAGAAAGCACUGGAAAAAAUAAACUGAUCUUAUGCAAAUCUUUUAUUGUGUGGAAAACAUUGUGAAGGGUGUGUAGGUAUGGUACGUGUGUGUGUAAGUAACAAGUGGCAAAUGUUGAAAAAAGCGGUCACUAUGCUCUCGUCUUUAAUAGGCGCUUUUUGUUAUUAUAUUAUAGUAGCUCUCAUUUCCUUUACUCUUUUAACAGUGCAGGUGGUCAGUGAAAAUCAGUGUCAAUUCAGAAGUGACUGAUUUAUCAAUAUAUGGACAAAAAGUAAAUCAUUGACCAAAGCUAUGCAAUGUUUCACAAAGUUUUCCUCUUUUGCAUAAAAGAUGUCACUGGAUGUAUAUUCAGAAAUAUUCUUUGAAUUUAGUGACACUUUCAUAGUCCAGAAGGCUGAAGGCCUGGGACAUCUCUUGAGACGUUUUUCUAAUAGUUUUAUAUUUUCAUAGAUUAAGCACUUUAGUUGGAAAAAAUCUUCCAGCAAGAGCUGUCUAGUUUCUCUUGUAUUCACUGUGGCACUAAUCUGGUAAACUGCAGAACAACUACAUGUAUUUACAUAUAUAUACACACACAUCACAUAUUAAACAUAUAUAUAUUUAAAUCAUGCUUUGUUAGUAUUUGUCCAACCAUAAUGCCUCCUUCAUAAGUGUAACUUUACUCUAUAUGAACUCUUAAAUAAAUGAUGUUUUUAAAAGCUU